CGUAACGCUGUCUCCAGAUUCUACAGGUUUAGUUUAUGUCACUAGGGCAAGGGUUUCCACAUUUGCAGAGCGUAUAGGUCAUGCUUAUAGAUUCAUACAAGGUAUCUACAGGCGAGGCUGGAGGGAUCUAAAAUCCCGUUUGUUUAUUAUCUUACUGUAAGUAAGAUUGGCAGGGUUUGCAGAAACCGGUUUGCACUGGUGACAGUUUCAGAAUGGCUGCUUCUCUGGGACGGGGGGAUGGGAUGUGGGCUGAGACAUUUUGCAGAAUGUGUACUUGAGAGAGAAACAGUGAAGAGUAAGGCUUGGAAAAUAGAAUAGUAAAUGAAGGGGAAAAAUAAAGGGAAAGCAAAUGGGAAAGGAAAGAGUUUAGUAAAAUCAGGAAAGACCAGGAGAUAGAAAAUAAUUUUUUUAUGGAGAUAAAUGGAGUUUAUUUCAGCAAAAGGAAAGAGCAGCAAGCAGAGCACAUAGCAUUUGGCUCUGUAGUAAAGGACUCCUCCUGCAGUUUGCAGGUCACAAGUGAGCUGAGGCACAAGUGAGGAUUCUUGUAGUUCAUUGUCCUCACACAGAAACAGUUUUCCCAUGCCAGGAACCAAAGCAGUCCAAAGUAAGCCAAGACUGAGAGAAUUUUGAACAGUACUCGAGCAGGCAAACAGGAGUGCAGAGUUUACUACGCAGUACGUCUGCUCUUGACUUCCAGGAGACCUUUAUCACACAGAUAAACAUAGAAGGUAACUUAUACUAAACUCCAUCACUUGUAUCCCAGGCACCUAUUUCCAUUUAUUGCAUUUGGCAGUGCGUACCUCUAGCAAUACCGUAUAGACUGUACAUGCAUAAAAGUGCAGACUAAUCCCGGAUCAAUUUUAUUGACAUCAAUAAAGGUUUGCUCCCUGGGCAGCCCACUUUAAAGUUGACUGGGAUUUACCUACAAGGCUGUAAAUCACACCUGUGCAGAUGCACUUAGGAAGGUUUGGAAUAAAGUACACAAACACAGCCAUGGUACACAGGACUACCAGGUGCAUAAUGUAUAUGCUGAACUAAUUAAUGACUGUGGGUCUUUAGCACCCAGGUGCAAGCAGUAAAUUAACCUAUAGAAAAGCUGUCUCAGACAACUGAGAAUUCUCAUGAAAUAAAAUUGCAAAACAGCAUUUCUGAGGCAAGAGCUACUCAGCCUUGCUAAAAAAAAAACCAACCAAACACAACGCAAAGAGAGCGCCCAAAGCUUACAUAGAACUAACACAACCUCUUAGUCAACGUGGGCAGAAAAUCUCUUUUGUUUCUAUUCAGCGCCCUCUUCCCUGUUUUUCAUAUCAUGCUCCAAUGAUGGAUGUGAGUUCACACAAAAGUCCAUAAACCCUCCUGAUCUGUCAGAGGCAUUAAAUGUACGGUUACCACCCAGAUCUUUUAAUAGUGUUCUCACACUACAAAAGCUGAUAAAUCAUCUCUUUCAUGUUGCAAAACUCAUGUAUUGUGUUUGAAACCAAGUAAACAUCCCCAAACGUGCAGGAGUCUUCCUGUUUUGUUUAAAAAACCCCUGACUUUUACUUCAGCAAGAGCACAUUUUACAGGAGUAUUAUUUUGGAUUUUGCUCUUUGUGGCUAUAUUGUAUGUUCCUUACAUUGAGAUAUUAAUACCAAAAGGAAGUAAAGAGAUGGCAUAAAGUAAAAGCAUAAUUCCCUUUCUGCUCUCUUCAUUUUUUAGGGUGAGGAAAUUCUGACUCCAUUGUGAAAGGUGCUAGUGUUAGAGCAGCUGGUGCAAUGGUUUUCCAAGCAUUUUAAAGCACAUACUUGAUGCCUGAAGUUUUGUGAUUUACAAGGAGCACUGGGAGGCCAGUAUGACACCAGCAGGGCCCCCCUGGCGAGGCAGGGGGUCUCCUCCCACAGAGCGGCAGCUUGCAGGCAGGGCGGCUGCCCACAGCUAGCUUGGCUCUCAGCUCGAGUAUUACUUUUCCUAAUCAGUGUUUGCCUUGCGCAAGAGUUAUACUUAACUGAGUAUAUAAGGCAACGCGCUGAGGAGGUAAAUACGUGCCCAGCUUGCAAAAUGACAACUGGAAAGGACACAGCACUGCUGUCCUUGAUUCUCACCAUCGGGGCCGCAGCACUUGUAGCUACUGGAGAAAAAGCAGAGCAGCCAGAAGUGGUGACCAAAUACGGGAGAGUCCAAGGGUACCAAUUCAAAGUAGACGCAGCUGAGAGGAGUGUAAAUGUCUUUUUGGGACUUCCUUUUGCUAAACCUCCAGUUGGACCACUGAGGUUUUCUGAACCCCAGCCACCCGAGCCAUGGAAAGGGGUCAGAGAUGCCACUUCCUACCCGCCCAUGUGUCUACAGGAUAAAUUACAAGGACAGUUUUUUUCAGAUGUUAUUACUAAUAGAAAAGAAAAAGUUCUUCUCGAAGUGUCUGAAGAUUGCUUAUACCUCAAUGUGUACACACCCGUUUCUACAGAAAAACAAGAGAAGCUGCCUGUCUUUGUAUGGAUCCAUGGAGGUGGAUUAGUUUUUGGAGCAGCUUCAUCAUACGACGGCUCGGCGUUAGCGGCCUUUGAAAACGUGGUGGUUGUAACAAUUCAGUAUAGAUUAGGUAUCAUUGGAUAUUUUAGCACUGGUGAUAAGCAUGCCCGAGGUAACUGGGGGUAUUUGGAUCAAGUAGCAGCUCUUCAGUGGAUUCAGGAAAAUAUCGUACAUUUUGGAGGAGAUCCAGGAUCUGUCACUAUCGCUGGAGAAUCUGCUGGAGGAGUCAGCGUUUCUGCUCUUGUCUUAUCUCCCCUGGGAAAGGGCUUGUUCCAUAAGGCCAUUUCAGAGAGCGGUACUGCAAUCAGGGUUUUGUUCACUGACCAGCCUGAGGAGGAUGCACAAAGAAUUGCUACUGCCUUUGGCUGCGAAAAAUCCAGUUCAGCUGCAAUGGUUGAAUGCUUAAGAGGAAAAACAGAAGAAGAGAUAAUUCAGACAACACUAAAAAUGGAUUUGACAACACUGCAGCUAUGCUCUACCUCACCUGAAAACUGUAAACAGCCUUCCCUGUUCAUCAGUGCAUCUGCAGAUGGUGUAUUUUUUCCGAAGAGUCCCAGACAAUUACUAUCUGAAAAAGUGAUCAAUGCAGUCCCGUAUAUAAUAGGAGUAAAUAACUGUGAAUUUGGAUGGGUACUUCCUAUGACAAUGAAAUUUCCUGCUUACACAGAUGGUCUGGAUAAAGAUGUUGCACGUCAAAUUUUACAGAGCUCCUUAGCAUUAUCACUUAAGGGUAUUACUACUGAAGUGGUUGAUCGAGUAUACAAUGAAUACAUAGGGAAUGCAGAAAACCGUGCUCAGGUGCGAGAUGGCCUUCUUGAUGCCAUAGGAGACCCUUUGUUUGUUCUCUCUGCCAUUGAAGUGGCUAGAUACCAUAGAGACGCUGGCAACCCAGUCUACUUUUAUGAAUUUCAGCACCGGCCAAGUUCAGCGGCAGGUGUUGUACCAGAUUUUGUAAAAGCAGAUCAUGGAGAUGAGAUUGCCUUUGUCUUUGGAAAGCCAUUCUUAGCCGGGUAUGCUACAGAAGAAGAAAAUAAACUUAGCAGAACUGUUAUGAGAUACUGGACUAACUUUGCUAGAAAUGGAAAUCCCAAUGGAGAAGAUUUGGUCCAUUGGCCUCGGUAUGAUCUGGAUGAAAGAUACCUGGAAAUAGACCUAAUGCAAAAGGCAGCAAAGAAAUUGAAAGAACGCAAAAUGGAGUUUUGGACGCAGCUCACAAAACAAACGAUGAAUGAAAGGAGAGAACACACAGAUUUAUAAGAGUUGUGGAGGGUACAGUUUGCAUUUAAAACCCGAGGUAAAGUCAAACAAAAUUAGUUUGUCAGGAUGCAGAGUUUAAUAAUCACCUUCUAAUUCACUAUUACGUAAUCUGUUGUCAUAAUCACAGCGAAAAGAGAGAACCGAGGGAAAUCUGGAAUGUUUAAGGGACUAAAAAUUGCUAUUUAAUGAAGCAAGCAGAAAAACCCCACAAUCUUUCAGAUUCAAAAAGACCAUGGUAUCUACUCUGUGGAUAUCAAAACUGAAUAAUGCUCCUGUGAGAAGGGGGAAUGAGGGAGGAAUUUGGCAAAUAUAUUGAAAUCUGUAAGAAAUAAUCUAUACAGUGUCUAUCAUAAGUGUCAUAAUAUGUUAUGUGCAUAUUCCCCUCUUCUUUCAGAAGAGAAUGAUCAGUUGUCAUUCUUACAGCCUCUUUCCACUUUUUUAAAUUGGAAAUAGCUUGUAGGGAGCAGGACAUCCAUCAAAAAACACCUGUCAGGGUGGGCUUGACAUCUCGCAAAUGAGGACAGAAAAUCUCCACUUGUUUUCUUGUUUUGUAAACUGUUAUAAAUAAAUGUUGCUUUUGAUUUUUUUUGAACUUCC